AUGAACCUCAAUGCACCCUCCAAAAAUCCGAAUAAUAUGAAUGAACCCCACAAUGACCUUGGAAAGGCUGCUCCACCCCCUUACAAGGGUAAAUUGACACUGUUUGUGUUUCUACUGCUGUUGAAUAAUGCACUGGGUGAUGAGCCAAGCCCAACACCGUCGGCGGCAACAACUCUCGGUAACUUGUACCGUCAGGCUCGCUCUGAGAUGUAUUACGGAAGCAGAUACGCCACUGAGGGCUCAUCCGUGACUUCUGGUGCAAUUGGUGUACGCGGUGAGCCAGAGCACCGCGACGCUGCCUACUACGAGUCACGUUGCAUCACCUGUGACCCAAACAAGUCCGCAGGCUCCGACAGAGGGUGGAGGCAGAGAAAUCGAUACGACUAUUACGACGACGAUUAUUUAGCGGAUAAGAGAGACCGGGAUCGUUAUGACAAUUCCCUUCCCGACAUGACGAGGGUCGCUUACGAUUACGACAGGAUGAGAGGACCUGCUUAUGAUUACGAUAGGAUGCGGGGAGCGUAUGAUUAUGAGAGGCAGAGAGGAGCGGCUUACGACUAUGAUCGUGUCAAACCACUACCGCAGGAAUAUGAUCGCUAUGAUCCGUAUGUGAGGCAUGAUGUGGGACGGCCGAUGAGCUAUCCAGAUCGAUACGACAUCCAAGCCGGUAGGGAUCGUUACUACGACAAGUACGACUAUAACACCGAUCGCUAUCCUGAGCGAGGAAACGGCUAUGACAACGUAGAUCAGAGGCAUCUCUACGUGAAUCGAUAUGAUCCUUACCCGAUCACUGCCCGCAGACGACCCAUCGAUGAUCCCUACGUGAACAGAUACGACCGGUACAAUCGGAAUUAUCCCGUGAGGUAUGACCCCUACGAGCGUUAUGAUCCGUACUGGGAACGAAGUUACAACCGUCGCCCCUACGAUGAUCGAUACGAGCGUUAUCCAACUCGAGAUAGACCUGAUUCGCGCGGAUAUUUCUCCGCUGGGGUAUGGGGACCGGGUUAUGAAAGAGGUUACGCCAGUAGUUGGAACUACCUUGGACCCAGAGACAACUGGAGGGAGCCUGGCAGAGACAGAGAGCCUGGGGACAAUUGGAGGGACUUAAACAGGAAUCGUGAUGGUCCUUAUCGACCCAGGGAUUAUUUCAACGACAGCACAGCCUCGCCAGGGGGUUCUCGAGGCACCGGCUACGUCUACGAUCGGCCCGAGACGUCGACCAAACCAGAUACGACAGAGCGUGAUCAACCAACUAGCGCACCACAGACACAGGAUAAUAAAGUGUACAAGGAUUGAGUCAUCACUCAGAAUUAACCUGAAUGGCUCGCUAAAAUAGACGAU